AGGGCGUUGUUUACGUGCCAGCUUUAAAGCCGCACGCUCGCUACUCGGCUACAGGCUUAUUAAACAGGCUAGCGCGGUUAAAAAUGUCCAUUCCGGAGGAUGAUUAAGAUUGAUUUUUGUGCGAUAACCGAUAUCGUGGCGCAAACUGGAGGCAGGCGUAGUAACGUUUACAUUAUUAGUGGCGUUAGCGGAACUGUCUUGACAUGGGGAAGUGAAAAUCAGCAAAUUACACGGUGUCAAAAGGGAGCCGCCCAUUAAUGUAUGAAUAUAAAGUCACAUCACCCGAGCCGCAGCAGCCAGCUGCAGCAUCCCGACGAGGAAACACCGCCCGAUUCAGCACCAGAGGAAACUCGUUGGGCUCUGCACCAUCCAUGAUGGGGGGUGCGGUGGGGCAGGCUCUGCUUUGGAUGCAGGAUGUCGCAUCGGUGACUCUCCUCAAGGCCCGGAGGACCUUAUUCCAAGCUGCUGUUCUCUUAUGUGUCCUGGGCCUGCUCUUAUGGGUGUCAAUCUUCCUUUAUGGCAGUUUCUAUUACUCCUACAUGCCCACUGUGAGCUUCUCUGCCCCGGUGCACUUCUACUACACCGCCGACUGCGACGCUUCGGAAUCAGCACUUUGCUCCUUCCCGACAGCCAACAUCUCCUUCAUGAAGAACGACAGGGACCAGGUGAUGGCUUAUGGGCAGCCUUAUCGUAUAUCGUUGGCCUUGGAGCUGCCGGAGUCGCCUGUGAACGAGCAACUGGGCAUGUUCAUGGUCAAGAUGUCUUGUUACACCAAGGGUGGCAAUGUCGUGUCAUCAGUUGGACGCUCGACAAUGCUGCAUUACCGUUCCAGUCUUUUGCAGACUCUGAGCACUUUCUUCUUCUCGCCUCUCCUCCUGAGCGGCAUGGCUGAACAGAAGCAGCUCAUAGAGGUCGAGCUCUUCUCGGCUUACAAGACCAACACCUACCAACCCACCGUCGGCGCCGUCGUGGAGAUCCAAUCCAAACGUGUGCAGAUCUACUCCUCCGACCUCCGAAUCCACGCUUAUUUCACCGGCGUGCGCUACGUCCUGUACAACUUCCCCCUGACGUCGGCGGUGAUCGGCGUCGCCACCAACUUCGCCUUCCUAGGCGUCAUCGUGCUUUUCAGCUACCUGCAGUUCAUAUGGGGAGGACUAUGGCCUCCGGAUCAAGUACGAGUCAAGGUCAUGAUGGGAGACAACACUCGCAUUCAGCAGAGGAAAGAGGAGGUCAAGAAGCGCAUGGAAAAGGAAAAUUCCCAAAAAGAGCUUGACACGCCGAGUGUGAUUGGACCUGUGACUGAUGUGUCUGAUUCCCUGGCGAAUGACACGGUGGUGGAGCAGCCAUCAAUAACGUCCUUUGUGGAAGUAAACGCUACUGAACACGAUGAUCCAAAUGCUGACCUGGAGGUGUCUCAUGAUGACUCCGCAUUGCCAGAAGAGACAGACCAGAUACUUAGACAGAGAUCUGUUCGAAAGGAAAGUCUUUAGAUUUACAUUAUAGGCAUGCAUGCAUGCACCUAUUCCUAGCAAACAAGUCAACUCCCACGAUUAGACGUCAAAUAAAUAUGGAAUUGUUUAACUCUAGAACUACACUUUAUCUCCUGUAUUACUGUAAUGUUCUCAAGUUUUGUGCAUUAUAGUCAGUCUAUAGUUACAAUGCAAGCUGGCAUACCGUUACAAUGUUUUAUAACAUGUGUUUUGAGCACUUUAAAAAAUGUGUAUUACAAAUUAGCAUUAUAUGCUCCUCCAGAAUGUUGCUUUUUUCCCAAGAAAAUGUACCGGUACUUGGCAUAAUGGUAUCUUUGUUUUUAUUUCUGGGAAAAACGGUGCAUGUAUAAUUUGUCUCAUCCCGCACAAUGAGACGUUCUGUCUGUGUGUAAUGGGUCAUGGUACAUCGAGUUCAUUUACAAAACUGGGCGCUAUUCCACCGGUCUUGUUUGACAAUGCAGCCACAGAGUAAUGGUUAAAAAAACUGUUAUUUAUUGUUUCAAAGAAAAUAGUAAGUGUUUUAGAUGCAAAUUCUAAGUUAUACUGUAUGUUUUUUGAUGUGUAUUGGGAAGAAAAUGCUUGUGUUUAACGUCAAUAACCGUUAUGAAAGGUUUUUAAGGAGAGGAUUAGUAAAUUAUCUUUUGAAGGUAAUAGGGUCACCCUCUUUUGUGUUGAGGCUCAGGUUUAAGCAAGUUUAUUUAAAGGUCCAGGGAGUUAUGGUACCAAAGAUAUUUUAGACCUGUAUUCUGUUAGAGCAAAAGUCUGCGUAUAAGCUCAGAAGUUGUAUGAAAAUACACUGUUGUGCAUUGUCACUGAAUAAAAAGUUAACCACAUAA